GACAGAGAAGAGCAGGGGCAUGAGAACAUUAGCUAGGUCGCUAGGAAGACAUUUAGUUUCACAGUUUUAUUAUAUGAAUGAGGGGAAAAGUGACUUCUAUCCAUUGACUUUUCAGUGCCAUAUAAAGCUUGGUCCAUAGCAGUUAGAUCAGGGGAAAGUGAACAGGAUGGAAUCUGGGGACAGGAAGAGAAGCUGGAAGUCAGAGAGGACAGUCAGACCUGGAAGGGUAAUGAGUGUCUGAGUAGGUGGCCCAGGGUUUAGGGAAGGAGCAGAUUUUUCUUUUUUCAGAUGUUGACUAAAGGGAAGUUUUGCCUGUUGGUAGGAGAAGGAAGUCAGAAUAGAGGUAUUGUGGGGUAGGUUUGUUUAGAACAGAAAUCAAAGACUGACAUUUCUGAGAGAAAGAACAUCUGCAAAUGAGAUGCUGUUUCUGCAAACUGCAUUGCUUCUGACUCUUCUCCCAUGUGGUAACAAUGAGAAUGAUUUCCAGGAGCCAAUCACCUUCCAAAUCAUUCGGAUCUCAUCAUUUUAUAGCCGAUUCUUUACACAAAGUCUGGGCUCAGCUUGGCUGGAUGAGUUGCAGACUCAUGCCUGGGAAAACAACUCUGACACAGUCAUUUACCUGCAUCCUUGGUCCAAAGGCAACUUCAGUGAUGAGGAGUUGAUAGAAGUGGAAAACAUACUUCAUACAUUCUUCAUUAGACUUGGUCAGGCACUUUACAACCAUGCCAGUCAAUGGCAACUUGAAUAUCCCUUUGAACUGCAGGUAGCAGGUGGCUGUGAGAUGCACAUCAGAGAUGCCUCAGUAGGCUUUGUGCGAGUCGGUUAUCAAGGAUCAGACUUCCUAAGCUUCCAGAAAAAUUUAUGGGUACCCUCUCCAGAGGGUGGAAAUAGGGCUAAGCUUGUCUGCGCACUAUUCAAUUUGUACCAAGGCACCCAGGAAAUAAUACACAAGCUGCUCAGUGACACCUGCCCACGUUUCCUCUUGAGUCUUCUCGAUGCAGGAAAGGCAUAUCUCCAGAGACAAGUGCGACCAGAGGCCUGGCUCUCCCCAGGCCCCAGUCCUGGCCCUGGCCUCCUGACGCUGGUUUGUCAUGUCUCUGGCUUCUACCCAAAGCCCAUUUGGGUGAUGUGGAUGCGGGGUGAGCAGGAGCAACAGGGCACUCAGAGAAGUGACGUCUUGCCUAACGCUGAUGGGACGUGGUAUCUUCGGGUUUCCCUGAAUGUGGAAGCCAGUGAGGCAUCUGGCCUGAGUUGCCGUGUGAGGCACAGCAGUCUAGGAGGCCAGGACAUCAUCCUCUACUGGGAUCAGCACAGCUCCCCUGGCUGGGUCAUCUUGGCAGUGAUUGUGUCCCUGGUCCUCCUGGCUGGCCUUGCCUUUUGGCUUAGGAAGAGCUGGACUUGCUGUAAACCUUCAAACACACUUCUCCCUUUGGAAUGAGAUCCCAACAGCCCAGGAACCCAGAACACAUCUAAAUAGAACUCGGUGAUGAGGGUCUUUCCACUCUCUUUGUACAACUUCUUUAGAUGCUGCUUUUUUUCUGCUGAAUGAUCAGUUGUUAAUAUAAGCAAUAACAAAUGUAAUUUUGCAGGAUUUGUUGUUCUAACCUAGGUUUGAGACUUAAAAAUUCAUAAUUUAAUUUCUGAAUGGAACACAGUCCUAAUAUCCUUCAUGUAUUCAAGUGUGAGUGGAUCAUUAGGCUUAUUUCAGAUGUGACUUCAUCCAAAGGGCCUUUCCUGAUUCACCAGUGGAAGCUGUCUCUGCCUUGUCUGAAUUCCCAGCAAAAGUUAACAGAACUGUGGUAAACCUCCUCCUCACUUCAGAUCCUUUGUGGCCAC